AUGUUCACGCAAGUGCAUCUCCCCGUUCUCCCCCUCCCUUCCCUCAUGUUUCUCCCUUUCUCAUCUUACUCACACGUGCACUACUCCACCCGAACAGCCACAAUGAAGGUUGUCGCGGCUUACCUCCUCGCGCUUCUCGGAGGCAACGCGAGCCCCGCCGCUGCCGAUAUCAAGGGCAUUCUCUCAUCAGUUGGCGCUGAGGCCGAUGAUGACAGGAUAGAUCUGCUGCUGAAGCAGCUCGAGGGCAAGGACAUUAACGAGGUCAUCGCGGCCGGCCGAGAGAAGUUCGCCGCGGUGCCCAGCGGUGGCGGCGUUGCCGUUGCCGCUUCAGGCGGUGGCGGUGCCGCUGCUGCUGCCCCCGCUGAGGAGAAGAAGGAGGAGAAGAAGGAAGAGGAGAAGGAAGAGUCUGACGACGUACGUAACAUUCGUUUCAUCUCCAAUGCUGUUUUGUUUGCUUAA